AAAAAUAUCUAAACGACGUAAUCUUCUAGUUGUGGUAGAACAAAAUUUAUAUUGAAACAUGUUGGUAAAAAUGAUGAUUUGUUUUGUAAUUUGCGUGUCAUAUUUAGUCAUAAGUUGCACUGGACGUCUAGUGACAUAUCAAAGAAACUAUGACGUAUUCGACAAGAGAAACUGGAAUAAUCACCAAGUGUUAAAAGAAUGUAACGGUUUAGUUAUAAAUAACUUUUUGGGUUUUACUUCUUUUGGAAAACUGGACGUAAAAGAAGUAGUUUUUGAAGAAUAUGCUCAAAUUUUAUUUGAAAACGACACUGAGAUAAUUCUGGAUAUUGAUUCUGUAAAUGAACUAAAUUGUGUUGCCACAAACACUACAGAGAUGAAUUUGCAUCGAUGGCAUCAUUCAGGCAAUUGGUUAUUACCAGGUAGACUCAACGGCAACGAAGCUGUUCCUCACAUGGAAAGAUUGCCUUGCGAAUACGAUGAUGUGGUUUUUCCAAAGGGAAUAUUAACAGGAGGUAUUAAAAUAUAUCAACCAAUAACAGUAAAAAGUUUAAAAUAUGGUCACGAUUACUGGACAAAUAAUGACAUAAUUGCAGCCAAAAACGAUGAAAUAUUAGGAUUAUUCUUGAUUUUUAUGCUUGAUGUUGUCUUAAAUAUUCGAAACGUAGCUUGUAACGAUCCCAGCGGUUGUUUUUGUGGCAACGAGAUAGUAAACAUGGAUACUUGUAGGUACUUUAAAAGCCCCAAAAAUUUAAACUGUGAAUCUCCAAUCACGCCUAAAGGAUUUUGCCACGCAAUAUGCGGUGCGAGUAUUACAUUUAAUUUAAAGCCAAAUUUUAAAAUAAACUCUAUAGACCAGAAGUUUAAAGAAUACACUUCAGAUACUUAUGUUAGCAAGGUAAGAGAUGGAAAGGGAAAACCUAUCAUUCAAAUAAUUUUCACAGAAAAACAGUUUACUGGAAAUAGUUUGGAAGAAGCCAAACAUUUGUAUCAAAUAUUACAGAACGAAAACAUAUUAGAAGUAAACGCUUCUCAAUUUUUGAGUUCCUCCCUUUAUUACAAUCCAGGAAAUAGAGUCCAAAAUGCUUUUGUUGUAAUUUUUGGUUCAUUGUUAACAGUAUGUUUAGUUUUUGGUUUUAUAAUUUUACUUUUUGGAGAACAUCCAACUUCUGCACGUUUAAGAGACAGAUUGGGCAUUAGUUCAGCGCCUCUUACUUAUAGAUCAAUAUUCUUUUCAAGAAGUAGUGUUAGUGAAGGCACUGGUUUAAUAGGAGAAGGACAAUCAAUGGCAGGAUCAUUACAAAAUAUACCAAAAUCUUUAGAAACGCCUUUAUUUUCAGAAAUAAAGAGAACAUUUGGAACUUCCAGUUCUAAUGCCAGCUCAACAGAGGAAUUAACUAAGGAGACUGAAGAACAAAACGAUCAAGUAGAUCCAGAAGAAGAAACGACAAAUCAAGACCUCAAAAAUUAUCAACUAAUUAAUGCAGUAGCUGAGGAAGGAGAAUUAGUGGACUUAAGUAAUCUAAAUGGCUAAAUUAAGUAAAAUAUAUAUUUUAGUAACUUAAGGCAAUGUUUUACAAAUAAUUAUAAUUAAUUUCUCCUAUUUAAAUGACACCAUGCAGUGAACUGAUCAAUCACUAAUAGUUUAUAUAAGACUAAACUUUUCAUUUUCCUGUUUUUAAAUACAACUGCUCAAAGACCAACAAGACGUAAUUGCAUAUUGACUCACUUAAGCGAUAGCUUAUAAAAGUAACAUCUACUGUUACGGUCGUAAACGGAAACAAUUUAAUAAUUAUUUUUGUCUGUUUUUUGUGGUAGUCGAAAUGGGUCAAAUUAAUCCCAGAAAAGCUUUCUCUAGCUCAAAUGUAUACAAUGCACUCUAUGUAUCAGCGUCACAAUAUAUUUGUCGGUGUUUGUAUUUGAAUUCGUACAUACCGGUACAUUAUCGCCAUUUCAAUGUUGUAGGCAAUCAUCAGACAUGUACAUGUACGGUUGAGUACCAACUCAAAUUCAUAUAGCGACAAGAUAUAUCUGUAUAUUUUUUCAUUCAGUGGUAGUUGAUUAAGUUGCUUGAAUUACAUAUUUAAGGUAUAAUCAUAUCAAAAUUAUUGUAAAUUCACUUUUAUAAUUCAUCUAACUUAAAUUUUAUUUUUUGUUGUAGAAGCCCGAUUUGUACCUAUUU